AUGAACGAAAACGACCCAGCAUUUGAGGAUGUCAGUUCGAUGCCAGGGAACCGACCCGACCCGCGGCUGGCGGCAAUGGGUGUGGGAGCAGGCGCAAUCAUUCGUUGGGCUUCGCCGAAGAAUCGACAGGAGAAAGGGACGACGUUGAUCGACGGCCUGUACUCCAUCCGCACACCAGCGGGACUGGCGAAAGCGAUUGUGCAGCACCAGCACAUUACAACACUAUGCUGCGCGCCGCACCGCACUUGCAUGCUACGCUUUCAUUAUCGCCGUGAAUCUGCUCCCGACGAGACAAGAUUUGAGACGAAAUAUCCGCCGCACGUGCAGCUCGCUCUGCUCCUCUCGACGAUCCCAUACCUCCUACGCUCUCUCAUUCCGAAUCCCACUCCCAUAACGAGCCGACGGUUGUCGCCUAGCAUGGGCCUGCCUGAGGAUUUCAACGACCAACAAACUUCUUUCGACGCUGAAAAAGAGCAAUACACUCCCUAUGAGUACCAGGAGGAGGGCAACACCUCCUGGGCAGGUGCUCUGCCGGUGAAGCAAGGUCUGUAUGACCCAGACCUUGAGAAAGAUGCUUGCGGUGUGGGCUUUGCUUGCCACAUCAAGGGCAAGCCUAGCCACAAGAUUGUCAGCGAUGCGCGCAACCUGCUCUGCAACAUGACCCACAGAGGUGCUGUGGGUUCUGAUGUGCGAGACGGUGAUGGCGCUGGCGUCAUGACGUCCAUCCCUCACAAGUUCUUCAUCAAGAACUUUGAGCGCGAGGAGAACAUUAAGCUGCCUCCUCUGGGCCAGUACGCCGUGGGAAACCUGUUCUUUAAGCCCGACGAGGAGACUCUUCAGGAGUCCAAGAGGCAGUUGGAAGACAUUGCCGAAUCGUUGGGUCUGCGAGUCCUGGGAUGGCGAAGGCCUCCCGUGGACUCGACCCUACUCGGUCCCGCUGCCAGGUCCCGCGAGCCUAUCAUCCUUCAGCCCUUUGUCGUCCUUGCCUCUGCCUACGGCACUGGCGUCGAGCCCGAAAUCACCGAUCCCGAGAAGUUUGACGACCGCCACUUCGAGAUCCAGCUCUUCAUUCUGAGGAAGCGUGCCACCCACACCAUUGGCCUGCACAACUGGUUCUACCUCUGCUCCCUGUCGAACAAGAACAUUGUUUACAAGGGACAGCUGGCGCCCGUCCAGGUCUACCAAUACUACCACGACCUGGUCAACGCCGACUACGAGGGUCACUUUGCCCUGGUGCACUCUCGUUUCUCCACCAACACGUUCCCCUCGUGGGAUCGUGCUCAGCCUCUUCGAUGGGCCGCCCACAAUGGUGAAAUCAACACCCUUCGUGGCAAUAAGAACUGGAUGAGGGCUCGAGAGGGCGUCAUGCAGUCCGACGUCUUCAAGGACGAGCUCGAGAAGCUGUACCCCAUUGUUGAGGACGGCGGUUCCGACUCGGCAGCCUUUGACAACGUUCUCGAGCUGCUCACCAUCAACGGCGUGCUGUCGCUGCCCGAGGCCGUCAUGCUGAUGGUCCCCGAGGCUUGGCAGGGCAACACGCAGAUGGACGCCACCAAGGCCGCGUUCUACGAGUGGGCUGCGUGUCAGAUGGAGCCCUGGGAUGGUCCCGCUCUGUUCACCUUUGCCGACGGUCGUUUCUGCGGUGCCAACCUCGACCGUAACGGUCUUCGCCCUUGCCGUUUCUACGUCAUGGAUGACGACCGCAUCAUUUGCGCGUCUGAAGUCGGCACCAUUCCCGUCGAGCCUGAGACCGUCAUCCAGAAGGGCCGUCUCCAGCCUGGUAAAAUGCUGCUCGUCGACACCGUCGCUGGCCGCAUCAUCGAUGACAAGGAGCUCAAGGAGGCUGUUUCCAGCCGUCACGACUUCCGUUCGUGGCUCGACAACAACCUCCUGACCAUGUCCAAGGUUCAGGAGAAGCUCGAAAGCUCUUUCGACCUCGCUGCCAAGCCCGACGACACCCUGCUUCAGCAGGACCCGCUCCUUCUGGCUUUCGGCUUCACCCACGAACAGGUGAGCCUCCUGCUGGCGCCCAUGGCCUCCGAUGAGAAGGAGGCCCUUGGCUCCAUGGGUAACGAUGCCCCUCUGGCUUGUUUGUCUCAGGCGCCUCGUUUGCUGUACGAGUACUUCCGCCAGCUCUUCGCCCAGGUCACCAACCCUCCCAUUGACCCUAUCCGUGAGUCGGUCGUCAUGUCUCUGGAGUGCUACGUUGGUCCUCAGGGCAACCUCCUCGAGAUGGAUGCCUCCCAGACCGGCCGUCUGCUGCUUCCCAGCCCCAUCCUCUCGAUUCCCGAGUUCAACGCUAUCAAGAACAUGUCGACGAAGUACUCUGAGUGGACUGUCAAGACCAUUGACCUCACCUUCCCCAAGUCCGAGGGCGUCGAGGGAUACCUGCGUCAUCUCGACUUCAUCUGUGAUGAGGCCACUGCUGCUAUCGAGGCCAAGGACCGCAUCAUUAUCUUGUCCGACAGGGCCACCUCUGCUGAGCGCGUGCCCGUCUCCGCUCUCCUGGCUUCCGGCAUGGUCCACCACCACCUUGUGAGCAACAAGUGGCGUGCGCACGCCGCCAUCGUCCUCGAGACGGCUGAGGCCCGUGAGGUUCACCACAUGUGUGUGCUCCUUGGGUACGGCGCCGACGCGAUCAACCCGUACCUCGCCAUGGAGUGCAUUCUCAAGCUCAACCGCGAGAAGCUCAUCAAGAAGAAGCUCACGGAUGACACCCUGAUCCACAACUACAAGCACUCCUGCGAUGGCGGUAUCCUCAAGGUUAUGAGCAAGAUGGGCAUCUCUACCCUCGCCAGUUACAAGGGUGCUCAGAUCUUCGAGAUUCUUGGUCUUGAUGACUCCAUCGUCGAGCGCUGCUUCAAGGGCACUGCGUCUCGUAUUCAGGGCUCCAAGUUCGAGUACAUCGCCGAGGAUGCCUUCCGUUUCCACGAGAGGGGCUUCCCCUCCCGCUACACGGUCGGCGUCACCGGACUUCCCGAGUCGGGCGAGUACCACUGGCGUGACGGUGGUGAGGCCCACAUCAACGACCCUACCUCGAUCGCCAACAUCCAAGACGCUGUUCGAACCAAGAAUGACAAGUCGUACGAAGCCUACUCGCUCUCGGAGUACGAGCAAAUCAAGAACUGCACUCUGCGUGGUCUUCUCGACUUCAAGUUCGAGGAGCGUGACGCCGUCCCCAUCGACCAAGUCGAGCCGUGGACGGAGAUUGUUCGCCGCUUUUGCACGGGUGCCAUGUCUUACGGCUCCAUCUCCAUGGAGUCUCACUCCACGUUGGCCGUCGCCAUGAACAGGCUCGGUGGCAAGUCCAACACUGGAGAGGGUGGUGAGGAUCCUGAGCGAUCGCAGCGCAUGGCCAACGGAGACACCAUGCGCUCUGCCAUUAAGCAGAUUGCUUCCGGACGUUUCGGUGUCACCUCCAACUACCUCGCCGACUCGGAUGAGCUCCAGAUCAAGAUGGCCCAGGGUGCCAAGCCUGGUGAAGGUGGUGAGCUGCCUGGCCACAAGGUUUCCAAGUCCAUUGCCCGCACUCGUCACUCCACCCCCGGUGUCGGUCUCAUCUCGCCCCCGCCCCACCACGACAUUUACUCCAUUGAGGAUCUGAAGCAGCUCAUUUACGAUCUUAAGUGCUCUGCUCCUCGCUCGCGCGUCUCCGUCAAGCUGGUGUCCGAGGUCGGCGUCGGCAUCGUGGCGUCCGGUGUCGCCAAGGCCAAGGCCGACCAUGUCCUCAUUUCGGGCCACGACGGUGGUACUGGUGCCUCGCGCUGGACCGGUAUCAAAUACGCCGGUCUGCCCUGGGAGCUUGGUCUUGCCGAGACCCACCAGACGCUAGUCCUUAACGACCUCCGUGGCCGUGUCGUCGUCCAGACCGACGGUCAACUGAGGACCGGCCGCGACAUCGCCAUCGCCUGUCUACUCGGUGCGGAAGAAUGGGGCUUCGCGACAGCUCCUCUGAUCGCCAUGGGCUGCAUUAUGAUGCGUAAAUGCCACCUCAAUACGUGCCCUGUAGGUAUUGCUACUCAAGAUCCUGAGUUGCGCAAGAAGUUCACCGGUACGCCCGAGCAUGUGAUCAACUUUUUCUACUACCUGGCCAACGAGCUGCGUGCUAUCAUGGCCCGCCUUGGCUUCCGUACCAUCAACGAGAUGGUUGGCCACGCCGAGGUCCUCAAGGUCCGCGACGACCUUCGCAACAGCAAGACGCAGAACAUUGACCUGUCCCUGUUGCUUACCCCGGCCCACAAGCUGAGGCCCGGUGUCGCCACCUUCAACGUCCGCAAGCAGGACCACAAGCUCCACGUCCGCCUUGACAACAAGCUCAUCUCCGAGGCCGAACUCACGCUUGACAAGGGUCUUCCCUCGAGGAUUGAGUGCGACAUUAUCAACACCGACCGUGCCAUGGGCACGUCGCUGUCGUACCACAUCUCCAAGCGCUAUGGCGAGGCCGGUCUUCCCCUGGAUACCGUGCACGUCAACAUCAAGGGUUCCGGUGGUCAGUCGUUCGGUGCCUUCCUGGCUCCCGGUGUCACUCUUGAGCUCGAGGGUGACUCGAACGAUUAUGUCGGAAAGGGCCUGUCCGGUGGCCGUCUGAUCGUGUACCCUCCCCGCAACGCCGUCUUCAAGGCCGAGGAGAACAUCAUCAUUGGUAACACCUGCCUCUACGGUGCCACCAGUGGUAGCUGCUUCUUCCGCGGUGUUGCUGCCGAGCGUUUUGCCGUCCGCAACUCCGGAGCUACCGCUAUUGUCGAGGGUGUCGGUGACCACGGCUGCGAGUACAUGACUGGUGGCCGUGUCAUCAUUCUUGGCAGCACUGGCCGCAACUUCGCCGCCGGCAUGUCUGGUGGCAUCGCCUACGUCCUCGACAUCAACAACGACUUCCACUCCAAGCUCAACAUGGAGAUGGUGGAAGCCGGCCCGGUCGAGGAGCCCACUGAGAUCGCCUACCUGCGCGGCCUCAUCGAGGAUCACCACCACUACACUGGCUCCGAGCUUGCCGCUCGCAUCCUCGUCGACUUCAACCGUGCCCUCCCUCGCUUUGUCAAGGUUCUUCCUGUCGACUACAAGCGUGUCCUUGAGGAGGAGGCUGCCAAGGCUGCCGAGGCCAAGGCCAACGAGUACAACCUGCCCAUUGUGUCCGGUGUUCAGCACAAGAAGAAGGAGGAGAAGGCCGCCAAGCUCCAAGAUAUCGAAGAGACCAUUGGCGACAGCGCUGCCGAGAAGAAGCGCGCCCUCGUUCUGGACAAGACAAAGGGUUUCAUGAAGUACCAGCGUCGUUCGGAGAAGUACCGCAGCGCCAAGACGCGCACCAAGGACUGGGCCGAGCUUUCCAGCCGCCUCAACGAGGACGAGCUCAAGUACCAGUCGGCUCGUUGCAUGGACUGCGGUGUUCCUUUCUGCCAGUCGGAGACUGGUUGCCCCAUCUCCAACAUCAUUCCCAAGUGGAACGAGCUGGUCUUCCAGAACCAGUGGCAAGACGCCCUCAACCGUCUCCUGAUGACCAACAACUUCCCCGAGUUUACCGGCCGUGUCUGCCCUGCUCCUUGCGAGGGUGCCUGUGUCCUUGGCAUCAACGAGGAUCCCGUUGGCAUCAAGUCGAUCGAGUGCGCCAUUAUCGACCGUGGCUUCGAUAUGGGCUGGAUGGUUCCCCGUCCUCCCAAGGUCCGCACCGGCAAGAAGAUCGCCAUCAUCGGCUCCGGCCCCGCUGGUCUCGCCGCUGCCGACCAGCUCAACCGCGCCGGUCACCUGGUGACGGUGUACGAGCGCGCGGACCGCCCUGGUGGCCUCCUGAUGUACGGCAUUCCCAACAUGAAGCUUGACAAGCGUAUUGUCAAGCGCCGCACCGAUUUCAUGGCCGCCGAAGGUGUGCUGUACAAGUGCGGCGUUGCCAUUGGCGAGGAGGGCCAGCCCAGCCUGGCUGACCUUCGCGCUCAGAAUGACGCUGUCAUCAUCGCGACUGGUGCGACCGUGGCGCGUGACCUGCCCAUCAAGGGUCGCGAGCUGGAGGGCAUCCACUUUGCUAUGGAGUUCCUGCACAAGAACACCAAGUCGCUGCUCGACUCGGAGCUCGCCGACGGCUCGUACAUCUCGGCCAAGGACAAGGACGUCAUCGUCAUUGGCGGUGGUGACACGGGCAACGACUGCAUUGGUACCUCGGUCCGCCACGGAGCCAAGUCGGUCACCAACUUUGAGCUGCUGCCGCAGCCGCCCCCGCAGCGCGGCAACGACAACCCGUGGCCUCAGUGGCCUCGCAUCUACCGUGUGGACUACGGCCACACCGAGGUCAAGCAGCACACGGGCAAGGACCCGCGCGAGUACUGCAUCAUGUCGGAGGAGUUUGUCGACGACGGCAGCGGCCGCGUCAAGGGCAUCAACACCAUCCGCGUCGAGUGGACCAAGUCGCCGUCGGGCGGUUGGGACAUGAAGAAGCUCGAGGAGUCGCGCCAGUUCUUCCCGGCGGACCUCGUGCUGCUGUCGAUGGGUUUCCUCGGCCCCGAGGCCCGCAUCCUCGGCGACGACAUUGAGAAGGACGCCCGCAAGAACGUCAAAACGGCGCCGGGCAAGUACGCCACCAACCUGGAGGGCGUCUUCGCGGCGGGUGACUGCCGCAGAGGCCAGUCGCUCAUUGUGUGGGGCAUCAACGAGGGCCGGCAGGCGGCUCGCGAGAUUGAUCUGUACCUCGAGCAGUACACGGCCCUGCCCGUGACUGGCGGUAUCGUCAAGCACACGCCGCAGGAGAUCUUCAGCGCCCGCGCCAAGCAGGCUGCGGCUUUGGCCUGA